AUGGGCAAGAGAAAGGCAUUUAUUACGAUUUGUGCAGUUCUGUUCUCCAUUUUGACAGUCAGUUGUAGUCUUCCUGGCGUACAGAAGUCACUUAGAUUUCAAGGUCAGCAAAGUCACAGACCUGUGGCAUCAAAGACCCUCAGAGCUGACCUGUGCCCACUAUGUAUACAGUUUACAGAUGAAGCUUUAGAUGUGCUUUUGAAUAUUAUUCUCAAUUCAGGCAUUGUGGGAUCUUGUGGGGUGUUGUGUAAUGCUUUAGAACAGAAAACAGGGAGCAAAGUGAUUGGUGCCGUCUGCAACAUUCUGUGUGAUAUUGCUGGUAUCAAGGAGUUCAUUAAAAUUAUUGAACAAGCUGACCUUGACCCCAUUUAUUUCUGUGAACUUCUGAAGGUGUGUGCAGUUUUUGACGGAGGAGAUGCAACAAUCACAAAGAUAAUUGUGAGUCCCCAAACAGGACCUCAAGAAAUCUGUAAUGGAGAAUGUGGGAGUAAACAUCCUCAUAGCAAAGUCAAUGACCACAAAGAGACCAAUUUUACAAUUACUGGAUGA